AUGCGUGUAUCUACUAUCGUGACCCCGAACCCUGCUGGACUCCUGACACUCCUGACACCCUACUCCUCCAGCCCCUGCUCUUGCCCAAACCGAUCCGUCCGAACCCCGCUGGGUCGCUCCGCUCCAACUGUCGCUGAGAUUUUGGAAUUAGCUGCUAAGAAGCUUCUCAACUCGAACGACUUUGAACCAUCGGAUACGAAUCAGGCUCUCGCUGUCCUGUCUCAGCGAUUCGGUCUCGACAUCUGCUUUGGUUACCCCGAUGCCGUUUCUUAUGUUGAAAAAGGAGUGGCUAGCCACCUGCGGAUAUGCUUCUCGACGACCCAAGAUAGGUCAUGGACCUUCACCGGUUAUCCAUCAGAACCCCUUCUGUCUUGCGUUGCAGCGAUUAUACUCCAUUCUGGGACGUCAUCCGUUACCAGGCUAGGGAGCACUUUGUGGGCCUUGAACGAAAAGGUUAAUGAGGGGAUGGUCAAGAUAGGACAGAGGGGAGAGUUGGUCAGCAGACUUGUGCUGCUUCUUGCGAAAGACAUGUACGUUCGCGGCCAUCUCUCCGAAGGCACAAUACGGGUUGUACAUCACUUCGGAAGUCGGGAUGCGGAAUUGAUCGACUGCCAGAAGGUCUCCGUCGUCGAUUUCCUGCAAUACCUUUUUGGCGAGAUGUUCUGGUUGUUGGCGGGUGAGGAGGCCAAGACAGCUUUUCAGCAUGCCUACAUCAAUUUCUCGCAUUGGGUGUCCAUGACAGAGUUGAUCUCCCCCGGCCCGGGACCGGGGGAUUCCAAGCAACCUACGCUCGAAAUUGCCGAAGAGUGGACUCUGCGACACUGGGUUCGCACAAGUGCGGUACUAUGCUGCGAUCUGCAGCCGCUCGUCGACAAGAUGAUUCCUAUAUAUUUUGAUGAUCCCACCCUCGGCUCCGACGAUCUCAAACGCGUAUCUCAAAUUUUCAUUUCGGACAAAGCGGGGAAGAAUCCUAUUGCGCGAGAGCUGGGGGCCAACACACGCAAGCAUGAUACGAUCAGAUGCUCAUCCACUCUGCCAUAUAUCACUAUCCGUCUGGACUUCAAUGUGGAGCCACAGCUCAACGUCACAUUUCCAGAGAGAGACCCAAACGAUGCCGAAACGGACCGAUCUUUACGGAUCAACGCUUCUGGACUGAAAGAGACCACAUUUCCAUUCUUAUGUGAAUCCGACAUUACGAUAUUUCUACGAAGGCUUAUCUCUCGGGAGGAGGAAGCACCAACGCAGAUGAAUCUCGACGCCCUCGUCAAAUUCGGGAGUACUGCCAAGUUGCAAAACCUGCAGUGGGAAACACAAGACUGA